AUUUUAUGGUUCAACCACCCGUCAAAUCCGUUCACUGCUAUUUAUUACCUACUCAUACCGCACACCACAACCAAAACAUCACAACCACGCACCAACACCAGCAUUGCACUCCACGUCAUUCUCCAUACAAAUAAUUAAUGGCGCUUUUUCUGAUUUGUUCCUCCUACUUCCGAUGACCUACCAGAUCACGUACCAAAAAGGGGGCGCGUACAAAAGAUGGCGUGCUGUGCACGCCAUGCUCAUAGAAUCAAUCCUAAAACGCACCAUAAAGGUGCUCGAGCUGUCCCUCAUAACAAUAACAGCCCUGUACUACAUCACAAACCUUUACAUAUGCACACGCACAUACAGCGUGCUAUCGCUGUAUCUGCUCAGCGUAUCGCUGUACUACUACAUCAAAGCAAUGCGCACGCACGAGUACAUACCGCUCAACAAGCACGUACAAGGCGUAUGCACGCUGUGCCAUCAGCUCAGGUACAGCACCACCCACCACUGCAUGCUGUGCGAUCGGUGCUAUGAUGAACGCUCACACCACUGUGCAUGGAUCAGUGGCUGUGUGUACGGCGGUAAUCGGAACGAAUUCGUGUUUUUUGUGCUGUUCGCUGUUUUGCACGGUGUGUGCAAUUUGAAUGUGGUUACGUGCUUUGUGGUGUUGAUGGGCUGCGGGUUUCUUGUGGUGUACUUUUUGAGAGGAAAUGGGGUGUGUAUGGACAGGAUGAGGGUGGGCUACGUGCUGAUGCCAUGGUUGGAGAGGAGGGCUAAGGUGAUUGAUGAGUAUUAGAGGGUGUGAAGGAAUGGGAGAUGAAGAAAAACAGGAUUAUAAUAAUAUUAUGGAUUGGUAUUGGAACUAGUAUUAAGAGCGGAACAGUGUUGGUAUAUUACAUGUGUAGGAGAAGGAAUGUAUACAAGACAUUAAAGGAGC